GGAAGUGGUGCGCUAGGUCCCUCCUGCUGUGUGGCUGGUUCCUGCGCUGGCUGCGGGGCCAGCAUGGACCUGGACCACGUGUGUGAGGAGAAGUUCGCAGAAGAUGGGAGCGACGAGGGAGACCCUGACCCCACGGAAGCUGCGGCUCGGAUCCGGGACACCCCGGACGACAUUGUGCUGGAAGCCCCUGCUAGCGGGCUAGCGUUCCAUCCCACCCGAGACCUAUUGGCGGCCGGGGACGUGGACGGGGAUGUGUUCGUCUUUUCCUACUCUUGUCAAGAGGGAGAAAACAAGGAGCUAUGGUCCUCAGGGCACCACCUCAAGUCCUGCCGAGCUGUGGUCUUCUCUGAAGAUGGACAGAAACUUGUUACUGUCUCCAAAGACAAAGCAAUCCAUGUUCUAGAUGUGGAGCAAGGACAACUGGAAAGACGAAUUUCCAAGGCUCAUGGGGCCCCUAUCAAUAGUCUGCUGCUGGUAGAUGAGAACGUCCUAGCUACUGGAGAUGACACAGGUGGUAUUCGGCUCUGGGACCAGCGGAAAGAGGGUCCUCUGAUGGAUAUGCGGCAGCAUGAGGAGUACAUUGCUGACAUGGCUCUGGACCCAGCCAAAAAGCUACUGCUGACAGCCAGUGGUGAUGGAUGCCUUGGAGUGUUCAACAUCAGACGACGACGGUUUGAGUUACUCUCAGAGCAACAAUCAGGGGACCUGACCUCUGUCACCCUCAUGAAAUAUGGGAAGAAGGUGGCCUGUGGCUCUAGUGAAGGGACUAUCUAUCUCUUCAACUGGAAUGGCUUUGGGGCAACAAGUGACCGCUUUGCCCUGAGAGCAGAGUCCAUUGACUGCAUGGUUCCAGUCACUGAUAGUCUGCUAUGCACUGGAUCCACUGAUGGAGUCAUCAGGGCUGUGAACAUCCUGCCAAACCGAGUGGUGGGCACUGUGGGCCAGCAUAUUGGGGAGCCUGUGGAAGAACUAGCUCUCUCCCAUUGUGGCUGCUUCCUGGCCAGUAGUGGCCAUGACCAGCGCCUCAAGUUUUGGGAUAUGGCUCAGCUGCGAACUGUGGUUGUAAAUGACUACCGUCGACGUAAGAAGAAGGGAGGACCACUAUGUGCCCUGAGCAGCAAGGCCUGGAGCACAGAUGACUUCUUUGCAGGGCUGAGGGAGGAGAGAGAGGAUUCCAAGGCUCCAGAGGACUGCAUGAAGGACAGUGAUGAUGACAGUGACUGAGAAGAUAAGUGGAAUGUCAGGACAGGUCUUUACCGAGCCUUGUUUCCUCAGAUGGAUCCCCAAAGAGAUGAACUUUGUAUUUUCUUUUGGCGUUGGGAGAUUGAAUCCAGGACUUUGAAAAUCCUAUGCUGAGCUUUACCACUGAGCUCUACCACCCUGCCCCAACCCCAAAACGGUGAUUUUCAGUACCUUAAUAUGCCAUGUAAGAAGUUGCACAAACUCAAGGUAUUAAAGUACGGAAGCAUUUGCUCUGUAGAAGCUGCAUAACUCUACCAAUGUAAGGCAAACAUCUGUGGCAAGACAAGCAGACACGUAUGUAUCAACCAGGGGUUUAAUAUAAAUACAACUAGCACAGACAAAAACCUCUGAACAAUGUAAACCCAAACCAGAGUGACAAGUGAGGGAUGGGAUGAAGAGCAGAAUUUCACCCUUUGGUUCCCUCAGAUCUCCAAAUAAAAACAAAGAGAAAGA